AGAGAGCUGCUGGAAGUCGGAGCCUGUUUUCUCCCGCGCUUUCCUCUUGCUUUGGCUAUGGCAGACUUUGAUCCGGGCUCUCUGCCCGACCUGCUGCCUCUUUAUUAUCGUCGCAUCUUCCCCUUCGGUCCUUAUGGGCGGUGGUUGCGCUAUGGUGACGUGUCAAAGAAUUACUUCCAGCGGCAAGAGUUCUCAUUCACUCUGCGUGAUGACAUCUAUGUGCGGUACCAGUCUUUCAACACACCCCAGGAACUGGAGAAAGAGAUCCAGAAAAUGUGUCCUUACAAAAUUGAUAUUGGGGCCGUCUAUUCUCACAGGCCCAUUCAGCACAACACUGUACACUUGGGUGCCUUCCAGGCACAGGAGAAAGAACUGGUGUUUGACAUUGACAUGACGGAUUACGAUGAUGUCAGACGAUGCUGCAGCUCUGCAGAGAUCUGCUCCAAGUGCUGGACGCUCAUGACCAUUGCCAUUCACAUAAUAGACCGGGCACUUGUAGAGGACUUUGGAAUCAAGCACCGCCUCUGGGUGUACUCAGGAUGCAGAGGUGUGCAUUGCUGGGUGUGUGACGAGUCUGUCAGGAAGUGGUCCUCAACUCUGCGCUCUGCCGCAGUGGAAUAUCUCACCUUAGUGAAGGGUGGUGAAGAAACCAUCAAGAAGGUGACCCUCCCUGAAAACAUUCACAUUCAUCCUUUCAUCAGAAAAUCAGUAGAGGUGGUGACAGAUUACUUUGAAGCGUAUGCCCUGGUUGGUCAGGAUAUUCUUGGAAGCAAAGAGAGCUAUGAAAAGGUGCUGGCUCUGGUCCCAGAGACAGUUCAAGAGGAACUUCAGCAUGAAUUCUGUAAAAAGAAGCAAGAUUCAGUCCAGCGCUGGCAGCUUUUUAAAAAAAAGUUGGAAAGGUACAAUAACUCAGUCAAGAAAAUGGCACACACCGAAUGGGAGAUCAUGUUGCAGUACUGCUUUCCCCGCCUAGAUAUUAAUGUUAGCAAAGGCAUCAACCACUUAUUGAAGAGCCCCUUCAGUGUCCACCCCAAAACAGGUCGUAUUUCAGUUCCAAUUGACUUAAAGAAACUGGAUGAAUUUGAUCCGUUGGCUGUUCCCACUAUAAGCCGCCUCUGUCAAGAACUGGACUCUAUUAGCAAUGAUGAGGGGGAUGGAAAGGAAAGUGAAGGGGAGCCAGAAUGCCCUCGUAGGAGUAGAGGUUAUAAGAAAACCAGUCUGGCUUCAUAUGUGAAAGUCUUUGAACAGUUUCUGGAGGAAUUUGAAAAAUCCCACAAAAAGGAACGUCUUGCAGCUAGUGGUAAGAGCUGAGAUGGAAGUAGAGCAUUUAACUUUUGCUUUCUGUUUUUGUUCUGGAUUCCCCUGUGUGGAAUCAGUCCAACAGGGCUACCACAAAUACCUUGAGUUUGUUUGUGUAUGUUUUAAGGUUUUGUUGCAAAACACUUCUGUUUUACAGAAGACUUACCUCAACUCUGUUGUUCCUUGUUUUGAUCUGGCUAUUCUAAUAAAUCAAAAUUAGUCUUUAUUACAUAACAAAAAUACAACCUUGCAAUAUAUCUGAGAUGACCAAACAGACCCCCAGUGUGCAAUAUUGGUUGCACAUAAAUUUGUGAAUAAAUCUUACUCAUUAACCUUGGUACUUUAGACAAGGGUUAUGCUUGUCAGUCUCUCUAACCAAAUAGAUUAAACUUUGCACGCCAAGCCAGCCAUUUUAUCCAGCUAUGUAUUCAAAAGUGCUUUUCUGAGAUCCAUAUGAAGGGAGAUAAUUCUAAUAUGUAUCAACUGGAAGCAAGCUUGUUUUUAUUAAGGAGCUGCAUAUGAAAAAUGUAUCCCUUCUGCCAAAACAGCAGCCCUGAGUCUCCCCCUCUCCCCCUGCCCCUUUGUAACAUGUAGAAGAGAUUCCCCAAUGUCUCACUGUCAUUACACUGCAUUUCUCUGCCUCACUCGCCAUUUCUCUGCUGCUGUUGGGGGCGAGGGGUAGGAGAGGAAGCAACAUAGUGUAGUGAUGUCAGGACACGUGGAAAGCUGUACUGCAUGUUAAUGGAUCAGGAGAAUUCGACACAGGGUUGUUUGGGUAGUAGCCCAGUGUUUUAUACUACAUAGUUCUACUCUUUCAGUCAAGCUCCUUGAAAUUCUGCACUAUAUACUGUUUGGCUCGAACUGAAAUAUCGUGGUCAGCAGCUAUCACAGAAUCGGCAAGAGCACACACACACACUCUUCCAUUCAGAAUGGGCUGCUGCUUCUAGCCCACUUAUUGCCCAUUAUCCGGAAAUCUUACUUAGUGCCAGAUUAUUUGGGUUUUCAAACUGUAGAAUUUAGGCUUUACUCCCCACCCCACCCAUCCUCUCCUAUAGUAGCAGCCACAUAAACCUGUCACACAACAUAUAUGAUACCUUCAAAUGAUGCAUGAAUAGAGUUUAAAUGUGUAUUCUCUCUCACACACACACACACACACACACACACACAGAGAUAUGCAGAUGGAUUUCUGAAGUCCUUGAACCUGUAGUGUUGUGGAUUUACCAUUCCUAUUCAGAACCAGGCAGUUGUGAGCAAUUACAGUGGGGCAUUUCUGGUGACUUGGUCAUAUUUUUGCUGUAACCAACCCGCUUCAUUUUGAGAAGCAGCCCAAACUAGCUUUUCCUUCCAAAGGAGAGGGGGAUAAAAGCAGGAUUAGCAAGUGUUAGGUUCUACAGGUGCCACCAAGUGAAUACAGAGCCCAAGUGAAAAACGGAACGGACAUAAAUUACUCACAAGAUUAAAAUUAAAACAUCCAAGAGUAUUCUUUACUUUUGCAUUGGCAAAGGGGAGGAGAGUGCAAUGGAACACAAUCUUCUUUCUCAGACAGCAGAAGGGUUUACAUUACAUGUCAAUUUAACAUACAGUGAAAUUUUAUGGUCAUUGCUUUUUUUUUAAUUGCAACACUGUAACAAUAAAGAAACUUUU